AUGCACCACAAACUACUCACCAACCUCAAGCCAAUCAUCGCGCACAAACCAAUCAUCAACCUCAAGUCAAUCACCAACCUCAAGUCCAUCACCAACCUCAAGUCCAUCACCAACCUCAAGUCCAUCACCAACCUCAAGUCCAUCACCAACCUCAAGUCCAUCACCAACCUCAAGUCCAUCACCAACCUCAAGUCAAUCAUCACCCACAAACCAAUCAUCAGCCUCAAGUCAAUCAUCAAACUCAAGUCCAUCAUCAAUCUCAAGUCAAUCAUCGCCCACAAACCAGUCAUCGCCCUCAAGUCAAUCACCAACCUCAAGUCAAUCAUCACCCACAAACCAAUCAUCAGCCUCAAGUCAAUCAUCAAACUCAAGUCCAUCAUCAAUCUCAAGUCAAUCAUCGCCCACAAACCAGUCAUCGCCCUCAAGUCAAUCACCAACCUCAAGUCAAUCAUCACCCACAAACCAAUCAUCAGCCUCAAGUCAAUCAUCACCCACAAACCAAUCAUCAGCCUCAAGUCAAUCACCAACCUCAAGUCAAUCAUCACCCACAAACCAAUCAUCAGCCUCAAGUCAAUCAUCAAACUCAAGUCCAUCAUCAAUCUCAAGUCAAUCAUCGCCCACAAACCAGUCAUCGCCCUCAAGUCAAUCACCAACCUCAAGUCAAUCAUCACCCACAAACCAACCAUCACCCACAAGUCAAUCAUCAACCUCAAGCCAAUCAUCACAGCAGGUUCCUUGGUCUUCAUCGUCCCCCAUCUACCAAGCCAGUCACUACAAAUCAACCAUCACAGCAAGCCAGCCAUCAUGCUAUGGCUCUUUCAAGCUUGUUCAGGACCAUGCAGCCACAACGGUCAUUACCAUUACCAUUACCAUCCAUCGUCUGAUGUGAAAACCACGAACCAAAAUCUUCGUUUUCCACCCUACACCGUGCAACCAUGCAAAUAUAACAAUCAUCCGCUGAGUCCGAUCCAGCUUCCAUUAUGA